AUGAACCUCCUCUACCGAAAAACCAAGCUGGAGUGGAGGCAGCACAAGGAAGAGGAGGCCAAGAGGAGCUCCAGUAAGGAGGUGGCUCCCGCAGGCCCGGCGGCGGGGCCCGGGGCUGGCCCAGGGCCGGGUGUCCGCGUGCGGGACAUCGCCUCGCUGCGCCGCUCUCUCAGGAUGGGCUUCAUGACGAUGCCCGCCUCCCAGGAGCACACCCCCCACCCCUGCCGCAGCGCCAUGGCCCCGCGAUCCCUGUCCUGCCACUCGGUAGGCAGCAUGGACAGUGUGGGGAGCGGGCCUGGCGGGGGCGGCGGGGGCCUCACUGAGGAUGGCGGCACCCGAAGACCCCCGGCCAAGCCCCGGAGGCACCCCAGCACCAAGCUUAGCAUGGCGGGGUCGGGGGCAGAGACGCCCCCCAGCAAGAAAGCAGGCUCUCAGAAGCCAACCCCCGAGGGCCGCGAGUCCGGCCGGAAGGUCCCUCCGCAGAAGCCCAGGCGAAGCCCCAACACCCAGCUGUCAGUCUCCUUCGAUGAGUCCUGUCCCCCAGCCCCCUCCCCUCGAGGGGGGAACCUGCCCCUUCAGCGCCUGAGCAGGGGCUCCUGUGUGGCCGGGGACCCUGAGGCGGGCGCCCAGGAAGAAGAGCCCGUGUACAUCGAGAUGGUGGGCGAUGUCUUCAAGGGCGGAGGGCGGAGUGGAGGAGGCCUGACGGGGCCCCCUCUGGGGGGUGGGGGCCCGACCCCUCCGGCUGGCGCUGACUCGGACUCGGACGAGAGUGAGGCCAUCUAUGAGGAGAUGAAGUACCCGCUGCCCGAGGAGCCCGGGGAAGGCCGGGCCAAUGGGGUCCCUGCACUGACCGCAGCCUCCACGCCACACCAGCCUCACGCCCUUCAGCCCCACACCCACCGCCGGCCAGCUUCAGCCCUCCCGAGCCGAAGGGAUGGCACGCCCACCAAGACCACUUCUUGUGAAAUUCCCCCGCCCUUCCCCAACCUCCUCCAGCACCGGCCUCCGCUCCUGGCCUUCCCCCAAGCCAAGUCUGCUUCCCGAAGCCCCGGCGACGGGGUCUCGAGGCUACCGGUCCUCUGCCACUCCAAGGAGCCAGCUGGCUCCACCCCAGCUCCCCAAGUGCCUGCCCGGGAGCGGGAGACGCCUCCCCUACCGCCUCCGCCUCCCGCUGCCAACCUGCUGCUGCUGGGACCCUCGGGCCGAGCCCGGAGCCACUCAACACCAUUGCCGCCCCAGGGCUCUGGCCAGCCCCGGGGGGAGCGGGAGCUCCCCAAUUCCCACAGCAUGAUCUGCCCCAAGGCGGUAGGGGCGCCAGCAGCCCCUCCUGCCCCGGCUGCCUUGCUCCCCGGCGCCCCCAAGGACAAGGCCGUGUCUUACACCAUGGUGUACUCAGCAGUCAAGGUGACCACGCACUCCGUCCUGCCAGCUGGCCCGCCCCUGGGUGCUGGGGAGCCAAAGACGGAGAAGGAAAUCGCAGUCCUCCAUGGGAUGCUGUGCACCAGCUCGAGGCCCCCUGUGCCCGGGAAGUCCAGCCCCCACAGCGGGGCUCUGGGUGCAGCAGCUGGGGUUCUCCACCACCGCGCCUGCCUGGCUUCCCCACACAGCCUUCCAGAUCCAACCGCAGGCCCCCUGACCCCCCUCUGGACCUACCCAGCUGCAGUAGCUGGGCUCAAGAGACCCCCUGCCUAUGAGAGCCUCAAGGCUGGGGGGGUGCUGAAUAAGGGCUGUGGGAUGGGAGCUCCGUCCCCCAUGGUCAAGAUCCAGCUGCAAGAGCAAGGGACCGACGGGGGGGCCUUUGCCAGCAUCUCCUGUGCCCACGUCAUCGCCAGUGCAGGGACGCCAGAGGAGGAGGAAGAGGAGAUGGGCGCCUCGACGUUUGGGGCAGGCUGGGCUCUGCAGCGGAAGGUCCUGUAUGGAGGGAGGAAGGCAAAGGAGCUGGACAAGAUCGAGGAUGGUGCCCGGGCCUGGAAUGGCAGUGCUGAGGGUAUAGGCAAGGUGGAGCGUGAGGACAGAGGCCCUGUGGCAUCAGGGAUCCCGGUGAGGAGCCAGGGGGCAGAGGGCCUGCUGGCCAGGAUCCACCACGGAGGGGACCGAGGAGGAGGCCGCACGGCGCUGCCCAUACCCUGCCAGACCUUCCCCGCCUGCCACCGCAACGGAGACUUCACUGGAGGCUACCGCCUGGGGCGUUCUGCCUCCACCUCCGGAGUCCGGCAGGCUGCGCUCCACACCCCCCGGCCCUGCAGCCAGCCCAGGGAUACCCCGAGCCAGACCCAGCCUGCGCUGCCGCUGCCGCUGCCCCUGCCGCCCCAGCCCGCCCGCGAGCGCGACGGCAAGCUGCUGGAGGUGAUCGAGCGCAAGCGCUGCGUGUGCAAGGAGAUCAAGGCGCGCCACCGGCCCGACCGCGGCCUCUGCAAGCAGGAGAGCAUGCCCAUCCUCCCCAGCUGGCGGCGCGGGCCGGAGCCCCGCAAGUCCGGCACGCCGCCCUGCCGCCGGCAGCACACGGUCCUCUGGGACACGGCCAUCUGA